AUGGCCACUGGGGUCCCGAGAGGAGGCGACGGGCAGGAGCCUGACCCCUCAACAGGGGGUUGGGACUGCUCCAUCUGCGCCGACAUCCUGGUGGAUCCUGUGGUUGGGCUCUGCGGCCACGACUUUUGUCACGACUGCUACAGCACUUGGACGAUAGAAUUUGGGAGGAACACCUGCCCCGUGUGCCGCGCCAGGCUGCCCGCCACCCCGCCCGCCAUCUGCCUGCGCCUGAAGGCAGCCGUGGAAGCAACGGCGGGAGCCCGCGUGGCGGCGCGGCGGCUGGAAAUCGACAAGGAGGUGGCGGAGCGGCGGCAGCGGCGGGCAGAGGCUGCGGCUGCGGCGCCGCCGCCGGGCCGCCGCUCGCUGGACAGCCAGCUGGCGGCGGAUGCUGAGCUGGCGGUACGCAUACAGCGGCAGUACGACGAGGCCGACGCGCACGCCGAGGCGCAGCAGGCGGAGCGCUGCUCCAUCCAGCUCCGCCAGCGGCUGGCGGGCGCGCUGCCGCUGCCGCUGCCGCCGCAGGCGGCCUCCUACCCGCGCGACAGGUCAGCAGAAGAGAGCCGGUGGCUGUGCUGCGAGCUGGGCUGGCCUCGGCUGGCGGGGCAGCGCGCGGCGGCCGACCCGCAGCUCUUCUGCCAGGAGAUGCGGCUGCACCGCGAGGCUCUGAGCUUCCCACGGCUGGGCCACCUCCCCGCGCCCGACCCGGCAGGCAGCGACUAUGUGUGGGAGAUCGCCCCGCUGGAGCUCAUUGACCGGCUGCAGGACUUCAGCGUGCAGUGGCAGCAGCGGCUGGCGCGUGCGUGGCCGCCGGGGCUGCCGCCGGUCGACGCGGGGCACCCGGGGGAGCUAUCUGCCGAGGAGAGCAGGUGGCGCUGCAUGCACGCGGCGCACGCAGCUCAGGUGGCUGCUGCUCGCGCCAGCAGCGCUGUUGCAGCGCCUCCCACCCCAGCGGCAGCAACAGCGACAGCAGCGCCUGGGGGGCAGUCCUGGCAACAGCCUGCGGGGCCACCGGCGUCGCUCAGCGCCGGCUGGCAGUGA